AUGUGCUCAGUUUGGCCAAUGAUCAGUGAUACAAAAGUAUGGAUUCUCGAUGUCAUAUUAGAAAGCAAAGAUUCUACGAGACUGAGAAAUUUGGAUGCAGGAGAAAGCUCAGAUAUGCCACCAAUGAAGGACACUAAGCUGAAUAACGCAGAUCAAAAACAGACUGAUGAAAAAGGCAAUGGUGUCAGAGCAUGCGAACAAAGUGACGACUACGGGAAGAAGCAGAAUAGUAUUUCAUUACUAGUGCGGGGAUCUAUGUCCAUUUUCGAAAUUCUCAUUGGCUAUUGCGGACCUGCACGAACAAAUUCUGCAUCAAGUCUUUGA